AUGGCCAAUUUUUUCAAGAAGAUUGGGGACAGUUUUCAGGGAAUAACGAAGGAUAUAGAUCAUGUACUUUGGAACAAAGACAAACCAACGCCUGGGGACAUGAUGCAGUUUCAGAUGCCAGGAUUCCAGCACUGGGGCAUCUACGUGGGAGAUGGAAAUGUUGUCCAUUUUUCAUGGCCAGCUGUCACGCUCAUUCCACUAAAAUAUGCAGUCCGAAAAGAAAAAGUGAAGGAUAUCACAGGGGUCCUGGCGUCUGCUGUAUACAAUAAGUAUGACCAAGAGUACCCACCGUUGCCUCAAGACUGUGUGGUAAAAAGAGCAGAAUACAUGGUGGGCAAGGUCAUGAGAUAUGAUCUGGCCAAAGCUAACUGCGAACACUUUGCCACAAUGAUGAGGUACAACGUUCCUAUAUCAGGGCAGGCAGAAAGAUUUAAUUUUGAUGUGGAUCCAGAGUUUGUGAAAGAGUUCAGAGGAUGGCUGGCCGAGAUCGAUGAGCAGGAAGACUGCAAAGAUCCACCAGCUGAUGGUUUCAAAGAGAUACCCAUUAAGAAAGGGGCAAACAGUUUAAUGUCAUUUAUAGCUGGAAUUGUUUGCCAAUGA